AUAAUAAUGGCACGUACCAAGCAAACUGCACGCAAGUCCACCGGAGGGAAAGCGCCGAGGAAGCAGUUAGCGACCAAAGCUGCAAGAAAAUCAGCUCCGGCGACCGGAGGUGUGAAAAAGCCACAUCGGUUCAGGCCAGGGACGGUGGCUCUGAGGGAGAUAAGGAAGUACCAGAAGAGCACGGAGCUGUUGAUACGAAAGCUUCCAUUUCAGCGUCUGGUGAGAGAGAUAGCGCAGGAUUUCAAGACGGAUCUAAGGUUUCAGAGCAGUGCCGUAUCUGCAUUGCAGGAAGCAGCAGAGGCUUAUUUGGUUGGUCUAUUCGAGGACACAAACCUCUGUGCUAUUCACGCAAAGCGAGUCACCAUUAUGCCGAAGGAUAUUCAACUCGCUCGUAGAAUUCGUGGCGAGAGAGCUUGAAUCUUCAAAUGUUCUUCACCACUAUGAUGUGAUACUAGUUGGAAAGGCAAAGUGAAGGAGGGGACAUGGCAAGGCAACCGUCAAGUUCUUGGAGACAUUGGUAAUGUGGAGGUGCUUAGAAUCGCUGAUGGGAAGCAGAUUUCACGGCCCAUCACAAGGAGUUUCCAUGCAAAAUUGUUGGCAGAAGGACACAAAACUCCGGC